AGAGGAGGGCGGCAGAGAGAGAGAGAGCGCUUCUCUCUCCUCCUUUUUGCGGUUUUGAUAUUGUAAUCUUGGGAUCUGUUUUUGUCCCCAUGCUGGCAGAGAGGGAUUGAUUUUCUUCUUUUUCCUCCUUCCCUUCGCCUCUCGACCCCGUCUCCCCAGAUCAGCAAGGAGCUUGCUUGGGUCUCGUGACAGCAAUCCCUGCCUGCUCGGCUGCUCUCGCUUUGCACCCUCUGCUGCCUCCCAUGAGGAGCACACCACCCUCAGAUUGAUUCCCAAGCAGUACUCCUUCAUAUCUUCUGGGCUGUUCCUGGGCUGGUGAAGGAGCGCUGAGUGGUGUGCACGCCUCCUCGGCCGUCCAUCUGUUGAACCAGGAAGGUCAAUCAAAAUUUGAUUCGGGAACUUUGCAGUUGCUUCUACAUAGAUAUCCAUGCCUUUGCAGUAAUCUUGACAAGUGUGCAGUCAUAACUGUGAAAUGUCCAAUUAUUACUCGAGCCCGGGCAAUGAAAGAGACUCACAAACCAUGUACUCGCCUGACUCGGGCAGUGCAUCAUAUCCUGUGUCCUCAGCAGCCCUAGGGAACUUGAUUUAUUCAAACAAUGCAUCUUCUGGACCAUAUACAGAAUUCAAUGGCAUUAUCCAGUCUCAUCAGAAUUUCAUGGAGCUGUCUGGCCAUCCUUCAGAAAUCUCACACCAUUCAUCGUCAACGGAACCUAACAUGGUCACUUCACUUACGGAUCAACACUCCUUUGGUCCUGCCAAAGAUAUGAGAAAUGAAAUGUUAACACAUUUCAUGGAUGGCGCACACAGCACUGGUGGUGAUCUCCUCCACAAUGAUACCCACAACGGUGCGCAGCUCGAGUUUGGCCUGUUGAACAGCCACAAUUCGACAAGUGUUCCAUCAGCACCAGGCCAAGGAUUGUCUCUGGGCCUCCACACCCAUAUCCUGGCACCUUCAUACCCAUACUGGUCCAUGAAGCCAGACUUAAUGGCAGCACAGUCUUACCAGGGUGAUCACAACAUUACGAAGGAUAUGCAGUCAGAGGCCUCACGGGCAAUCAGGAACUCAAAAUAUUUGAAGGCAGCACAAGAAUUGCUCGAUGAAAUCGUCAGUGUUUGGAAGAUUAUAAAGCAGAAUGCACAGAAAGACCAGGUUGAAACAGGAAAAGUGGAUGGCAAAGAGGCUCAUGGGGUGUCAAAAAGCGAGGGAUUAUCUUCCAACCCACAGGAGACAACUGCCAAUGCGGCAGCUGAGAUCUCUGCAGCUGAGAAACAAGAGCUCCAGAAUAAGAUGGCGAAACUUUUGGCGAUGUUGGAUGAGGUGGACCGAAAGUACAAGCAUUAUUAUCAUCAAAUGCAAAUUGUAGUCUCAUCUUUCGAUAUGGUUGCUGGAUCUGGAGCUGCCAAACCUUAUACUGCAGUUGCCCUUCAGACGAUUUCACGACAUUUCCGAUGCCUGAAGGAUGCUAUCAGUGACCAGGUCAAUGUUAUCCGAAAGAAACUUGGCGAGGAGGAGAAUUCAUCCGGCAGAGAGGGCAAAUUAACUCGCCUCCGUUACAUUGAUCAGCAGUUAAGGCAACAGCGAGCUUUUCAACAGUAUGGUAUGUUACAGCAAAAUGCUUGGAGGCCACAGAGGGGGCUUCCUGAAAACUCAGUAUCAAUUCUCCGUGCUUGGCUAUUUGAACACUUCCUUGACCCGUAUCCGAAAGAUUCCGAAAAGCUAAUGCUAGCGAGGCAAACUGGUUUAACAAGAAGUCAGAUUUCGAACUGGUUCAUAAAUGCUCGUGUCCGCCUCUGGAAACCGAUGAUCGAAGACAUGUAUAAAGAAGAGACAGGGGAUGCAGAGCUUGACUCAAACUCCUCUUCUGAGAAUGUACCGAGAAGUAAGGACAAAGUGGCAUCUUCUGAGGAAAUGCAAGAUCUGAAAUGCUCUAUGCUGGCUGAAUCUAAAGGCAACUUUGGGAUGGUGGAUCUAACUGGAGCACCGACCAGCUUCCACAAUGAGGUGAACUCUGAUGACGGCUUCAUGAACCUAUUGUUGAAGGACCAAAGACCUGGCGAGACGGAUGCCAGUCUCCUCCAUGAUGCCAUUGCUCAUCACUCCGAUGAGAGCGCGCGGUUCAUGGCCUACCAUUUGGCAGAGCUUGGGGGAAACGGAAACAGCAAUGUGUCGUUGACGCUGGGCCUACAGCAUACCGAGAACAGUCUUUCAGCCCCAAACACUCACCAGCCAGGUUAUGUUGCCGUCAGGGAAGAGGACAUCUACAACACCACAGCUCCUCCAGGUGUUGCCACUGCCUCUACAGACUAUGAAUCGACGAACCAAAUGGAUCAACGCCAACGGUUCAAACAGUCGCCUCUACUGCAUGAUUUUGUGGCCUAGAUGCUCAUUGACAAAGAUUGGAUGAUAAUCAUUUGUAAUCUAUUGUGCCAGAAUAACAUGCCUAAAAAUCAUUGAAAUUGUAGCACUAGUUGCAGUUGGUACAGAAGAGAGGGUAUAGCAUGAAGUGUAUUAUGUAUUAUAAAAUUUAGGUUGGUGGAGUAAAUAAUCUUGUAGAGAUGAACGGAAAUGCCAUUAUACAUGUGAAAUAUUAUGAUUGAAGAACCAUCCUGUAAACAAAAAGACCUGUAAUGGAUACUUAUGGUCCAGUUAUAUAUUGUGCAGCCGGUUUAACCAAAA